AUGACAAUUGAUAUUUUUCAUUCCGAAUGUAAGACGUUAGUAAAUCUUGACUUUGGAUGGAAUGAAAUUACUGUAAGAGGUGCUCGAAGCCUAACUAAAGCUCUACGACGAAAUCGAACACUCAAAUUUUUAAGUCUGGAAGAAAAUUUGAGUAACGCUCGUUUUCACUGUAUUUUACAAAACUAUCUUGGAUCUAAGGGUGUCUUCCACAGCAUAAAUCGUACCUACGUCCAUCCUUCAAAUAUAUAA